AUGAUCAGGCCGACGAUGGUUGCCACGCAGAAUCGGUGCAUAGAUUCGCCAGUCUGGGGGCGCACCUAUUCGCCUGCAGACUUUCCGAAACCUGAUCAGAGCAAGGCAGCCUCAGGAGGCCUACAGACAGGUGCUGACGGCAGUGUGCAGCUCAGAGCCAGUAAUUCAAUGCCAUGUGGCUUCCCGUGGUACGGGUUUAAGCAAGAGCCGCCGCCUCACUGCCCGCCGCAACACGCGAACUCAGACGUCCUACCACAAGCAUACAUCCUUCAGGAGAGAGCUACACGAAUGUGGAGGAGCCAGGGGAGUGUCUCUUCUCGAACUGGAGAAACUCCCUGUGCGUACGAUGGGUACACCUCCCGAUCAAGCGUUGUUUCAUACGUUCCCCCCAAAGACGUUAGGAGGGCUUGUCGUGCCCAUAUUCUCAAGCAGACGUCCCUACCAGAAAGACCAAUCAUUUCUCAGAAUUAUAAUCUCAGCGGCAUAUCAGUGGUUCCAGAAGCAACGGGGCCUGAUAAGGUUGCUGGUCCUCCGGUCCGACGCGUUGAGCCACCGGUGUUAUUCAGCUCCUUUUUCGACAGAAUGCAACUUGAUCACAUAGUUGCGGCUAAGGACAAGAUAUUGAAGAAGGUCAAGAAUCGGGAUGUCGAAGGAGCUGCCAGUUUGGAAGCCUCAUCCGACCCCAGCAUAUCUGACGACGUGCGUAGCAUGCGAGACCCAGCGAUGCAGUUCAUGGGAGCAGUGGACCUUCGCAGUCUGUACAACAGAUACCAGAAAAGUGAGGAAAUCCGAGCAUCGAUGAGUGAUAGAGAAACUUCGGCAUCUCAAGUCACAGCGGAACCGUCCCCUCCCGCAUCUGACUCAGAGAUUGAGACUCAUGUGCCAAGGGAGAAAGUUUUCCGGACUGAAGCCGCCGCCCGGCUUGCUGCCUCACCAGCGCCAGGUAAGAUAUCUUCGCAUGCUGUUACUACUGCUGGGAUGCGUGUUGUGAGCGCGUGGCCAAAGCCUGCUGAACAGCAUCACUUGUCCAGACGCCAGAUGUUGCAGAGGUCAGGAACCCAGCCACGGCAGUCAAGGUCCUCAAGUCGUCGUGUUUGCCGAAUCACCUAUCGACGUCGGGACGACGCAAAAAGCCCACCUCCUGACCUUCCCCGUCACGCGCUGAACCAAGUUGCAGUGGAAGGAACGUAUACACACAUGAUUCCCGUUUCUGGAAACGGGAAUAUGAAGGGGCUGGUAUCAUGUACUCCGUAUUCCUGGGUAGCCAAGGGUCGCCAUCCAGAGCAAACGUCCGCUCGCGUCGUUGAGUCCAUGGGCUACCGCUACUUUGUGUUCAAUCUUCCGGAGAAUGAGAUGAUUCGCAGCGUUGAUUUCACUUUGAAAUCGUGCAUCAGCCAAGGCAGCUUUGGCACAGUAUACAAGGCCGUCUGGAAGGGUGAAGUUGUGGCUGUAAAACAAGCCCACGGCAAAAUGACGUUGGAAGCCAUGAGAUCAGUUGCGAGGGAAAUAAACUCCUACCGCAUGAUUCAACACCCUUUUAUUGUCCGUUAUUACGGUGUCUGUAUUGAUCAGAACUUUGUGGGGUUAGUGACAGAGUAUCUAGAUGGGGGGAAUAUUUUCGACAUUUUGUAUGAGAACAAAGCAAACAUUCCUGCGGAUAUUCGACUCAGAAUGUGCAGGCAGCUUAUAGAGGCGGUUCACUUCCUACAUACGGAGAAACGCCUAGUCCACAGAGAUCUUAAGACAGCUAAUCUUGUUGUUGACAGCGAGUACAAUAUUCGGCUAUGCGACUUCGGCAAGACAAGGUCAUUAGAGCAACACGGGAAGCUCAAGCUGGAAGACAACGGAGGGUCACCCCGUUACAUGGCUCCUGAAUGCUUCGUGGAAGGAAAUUACGUGGAUGAGAAACUCGAUCUUUGGGGACUGGCGUGCUGCCUUAUUGAAAUACUUGGGGGUCCGAUUCCGUUUGAGGACAUCCACUCCAACGAAGGAGUCAUACACGCGCUUUUGUACAACCGCCGGAAGCCGACCGUUCCAGCUUGGUUUCAUCCAGUUGUACGCUCCACACUGGACAGCUGCUUUGCAUGGAACCCAUGGGAACGUCCUGAUACUCUAUAUAUUAAAGAUGUGUUCUCCAAGUUGACACCUGGGGAACUCAACAAGUAUGGCAUGAAUCUGAAGAGAGCAUUUUGUUGA